AUGUAUCUAAGCAACACCUGUGCGUUGUCACAAAGCACUUACGUCGUGAUCGGUGGUCUCGGCCAGACAGACGAUUGGUUGUCCACGAUUCGGGAUUCGAUCGGCACGUGCACGCGUGACGCACGAACGCCAGCGCCAGGCGACACGAGACGUUCCUCGUGGCGCUCAGCUCAGCUGAAACGUCGCCGAGCAGCGACUGCGAGGCUACUUCCACCGGCGGCUGCACUGCGCGCCUACAACGAGGCAAACCGCGCAACGGAUCUGGCUCGUGGCUGUUCGCCGUGCUUCGGUCCCAUCCGUCGUCGCUCGCCGUUCUCCGCCAGCCACCCUCGACUACUUUUUGGCGGUCUUCGAGGAACUUCGACCGCCUGCGCGUACGAGCCGCAGCAGGGUAGUAACUACGUACGCGGCUCUCCUCUCUCACCACCAUCCUUGCAGCCGCGAUUCCCACGCGCAUCCGUGCACUGCGCAUCCAACAUCAUACCGGCCUCUACCUGUCCGAACGCUUCUCCACCGCUACGAGUGUGGCUUCGUCGGCUAAUUGUUGGGGACUCGGGGAGGAUGUUUAACCUGUAUAAUGGAUUCUGCCUGGACGGUACCGCGAGGCGGCGUUGGAGCAUUUUGUCGAGUCUGCUGGAAUUUAUUGUUGAAGAUUUUGCUUUGGAAUUUGUUGCAGACGAUUCAUUCCGAAGCAGCGCGAAAUUCAUUGUGAGAGGUUAA